AAUCGCGCAUGCGUGUUGUGUUACGUUGCCACAUGGUAUUAGUCGAUCCCCAGGUUUUACCCGAUAAAUCGUUCGUGGAGUUUUCCACCUUAACCUGUUUGAUUCACCUGAACCAGAGCCAUGUCGAAAGUGUAUACCGUUCUCGGAGUGGACACCGCCGUUGGAGCAGCAGUAGCUUUCUAUCUUUCCAAGAAGGCAAAGGUGAAGGGUGUUCCCCUUGGCAACCCGAGAGGAAAAGGAGAGGUGGACCCGCCCCCGGGCGUGGAAAUAAUUCGCUGCGACCCCCAAAACGUCCGGAGUGUGGAACAUGCAUUGAACGGAUCUGAUGGAUGUUUUAUAUUCACAAUGUCGGACUUUAGAAACGACCCCAGCUUCAUGGUGAAUGAGUUAACGUACGGACGGACAAUUGCGGAAGCGUGUAAACGGUCGCGUGUGCCUCACGCGAUUUUCUGCACUGAGCCACACACAACCGAUAUCCAGGGGAUCGGCGCACGCCACAUGGUCGCUAAGGCUGAGAUUGAGCAGUGUAUUUGUGUACACGACGUCCCUCUCACCCUCCUGAUGCUGCCCCGGAGAUACGAGGAUAUCAUUGACUAUUUGGCACCUGAAAAAGUCGGACAGGACUUCUUGUUCGAACUGCCAAUGGACACAGAGACCCCUCUGAGUAUGAUCGGCGCUGAGGACUUGGGGCCAGUGGUGGAGCACAUCUUCAAUAACAGGGACCAUUUCACUGAUGUACGGGCCAACCCCGGUCCUAUCAGUCUGUGUGGUAGUAAGGUGGCCCGCCAAACCUUCGCUCAGUGCCUGUCCUACAACUUACGACCUCUCCAGUUCUUUGACAAACCAAUGACCCACACAAUGUACCGUGACGCUAAUUCCAAACGGCCUUGGCGGGAGGACUACGCAAAUAUGUUUUUGUUCCUGAUGCGCACACGUUGGGACCAUAAGUACAGCACCGAACGCACGCGCAAAUUCAACCCCGACACAAAAUACUUUGAGGAAUGGGUACAAGCAAAUGCCCAGGCCCUUUACACUGCCUACACAGAGGUAAAACCGGAGGACAGGCUGCGCUGGUGGUUCAACAAGAUGUACAGCCGUUCCUAGCUCACGAGGCCAACAGUGACGACGAGGAACGUCUUUAUGUUAGGUUUAAAACUAGUAGUAUAUGUUCAUGCAGUGACUAUCUGAAACUUAUAUUUAUACGGAGGAUGGUUGGAGAAUAAUACCAACCUAUAUACAUGUGUAGUGACUUCCUGCGAAAAAGGCAUUAAUGGGAUGUGAGCCUGCAAACGAGUUUGUUUGAUGGUAACAAGUAAAGGAGGAGAUCAAGACCUGUCAGGCCAAAUGUGGUAACUCAAUUAAGCAUAACUUAACGAGGUCAAAAAGUGGUAGUAAAAUGUGAUGGCUGCAUUGAACAAAACUGGAGGAGGACAGCAGUGAUACGUAGGAGACACAGAACUGAGUUAGGUCAUCAGUGUUAUGGUGUAAUGAAAUAUUGUACUUUUUUGUAAACAGCAUCAUGUACAAAAAACUCUGUCACAAAUAGAUUUAAUAAGUCCUUGAUGUAUCCUAGUUACUGUUAAGCACUGUUGUAGAUCCGUUAUUAUGU